AUGAAAGAUGUCAAGGAUCUGUUGCCUCACGCGAAAGGAGACUCGAAAUUGGAUCAACAGAAAUCACUGAAAGCACUCAACGAGAUUGCUGAAAUGAAGAAUUGCACGAAAGUGAUGUAUUUCGAGAGCAGAAAGAGAAAAGACACGUAUCUUUGGAUGUCGAAUGUGGAGAAGGGACCGUCGAUCAAGUUUCUCGUUCACAAUGUCCAUACGAUGAAGGAACUGAAAAUAUACGCUCGUAAUGUUGAAGAUGAAAAAGAAAUGAAGAAGAAGCUGAAGAUGAAGAAAAAUCAUAUUCAGAAUGGAAAACGAUUCUUCAAGCGAAAGAAAAAAAGAAACCGCAGUUGA